GCUCUAAAAAGCUGGCUUUCUCCUCGAUUUCUACCAUUGAUCCAUGUCUCCUCCUCCUCAUCUACUUCCCUGCUUAGAUCCAUGCGGAAACAAGCGCUGAGAAAGGAAACGAGAGAAUAUUUACCAAAAAGGGAUUUGUGGCUGCAAAUCGGUUAAUCCAUCUCUUCUUUUUUCUUGAGAAUUGCACAUUGAGUUUGACUUAUAUUUUCCUUGUCGAUCUUCAUCAUCAUCAUCCACUCUGUCAUUUGUCUGAGUCUGAAGAUUCAGAAAUCAGCCAGUGACCUCCUUUGGCAGUUGAAUCUUAAGUUAUUGCGUAGCUGAUAUUGAAUCUAGUGGCAAUAGAUGAUUAAGUGCAUAUGAAGGAUCACAUAUUGGAGGAAUAUCUUACUUUUUUCGACUCCGGUAAAAUGGAUAAAUCCCACAGAUCGGCACCGAAGAAGCAUGGAGAUGGUUUCGAAGCUCCCCGGAAUAGCUUGGACAUAUCCAGUGCAUCUAGAGGGUAUCACUGUGUCACUGGAGAUGUUCAGAGGUUGAUUGAUGGAGAGACAUCUAGUUCUAGGCAAACAAGUGAUAGAUCUGUUGGACCGAGUGUCGUUGCCCGAUUAAUGGGAAUGAACUCAAUUCCAGAACAAAGUCUGAAAGUUCACACAAAGGAACAUGAAAUCUAUAGAUCAAGAAGAUUGAUGGAAGCAAGCAAAGCCACCGUGAGUUCUACAUCCUCUAGGGAAUCAAAGGACAGCUUACUCGUAAAUAGUAAAGGAAGACAUUCAAAAGCUGAGAGCAGAGGAAAGCCACACCGACGACAACAUCCACAAGAAGAGCAGCUGAAGAAGUUCAAGGUGGAGUUUGAGGCAUGGCAGGCUUCCAAGUUAUGGGAACAUUCAAAGCAACUGAAACAUAAGACAGAUGGAGAUGGCAUGGAUUACCAAACCCUCCUUGCACAAGAAAUUCUGUGCAAGGAAAAAAUGGCUAAGUAUUUGGAUACCAAUAAAAAAGUGACCGAAAAGAAUCCCACCGGCCUCAUAGCUCAAGGAAAACAAAUAAUUGAUACAAAAGAAGAGGUCAGUUUUGAUUGCUUCCGAGUUACUAAGACUGAUAGGAAACAAGAGAGAACUAAUUCAGCUACACGAAUAGUGAUACUGAAGCCUAAUUUUGAGAGGAUUGACGGCGACGAGGAGCAAUUAGCUGCAUCCUCUGAUCAGUUUGGGAAGGAAAAUAGCAUGGAAGAUUUUCUUGAAGAGGUGAAGCAAAGGCUCAGAACUGAAGUUCAAGGAAGGAGUAGAAACAAUUUUGUAUCAAGAGGAAAUGUAGUGAGGACUUCAUUUGAUGAAAGCGCGAUGAAUCCAAAACAAAUUGCUCAUGACAUAGCAAAACAGAUAAGGGAAAGUGUGACCAGAGACAUGGGAAUGAAUCUGUUGCGAUCAAACUCAACUAGAACUGUUAGGAGUGACAUGCAAAUUAGUCCGGUUGACUCACCGGAGUUCAUUGGAAGAGAUAUGAGGAAAUUUCUAUCCCAGAAAUCAAAGAAUGUGCUAAAAAAUGAGUUACUUUUGGAGAAUCCUUUAACUAUCCAUGGAGAUUCAGGUGCUUCCUCCAACAAAGGAAAGAAAAUAUCAAAGUUGAUAUCUGAUUUCUCAGACAAAGUGAAUGAAUCAGAUCCAAGUCCAACUCAGAAAUUUCUGACAAUCAACUCAGAUUCAGAACCACAACGGAACCUGAUCAGAUCAUUUUCUGCACCAAUGUCUGGAACAGAUUUCGGGAAGCUCCUCUUAGAGGACCAGCAUAUUGCUUCUGCUCAAAUUCACAGGAAGCAUGAACCAUCUGAUAAUAAUUUUUCAGAAACAAGGAAACAAAGAAAGGAUAGUUUUAACUUGAAAGGAACAGUUUCCAAUCUAAAACAUAAUUUAAAUCUUAAAGGAAUGUUGUUUGGGAGAAAGAAUCAGCCAAUAAAGGAAUCAACUCAAGGCAAAUUCAUUUCAGUAGACAAAACAGCCAUGGCUCAGGCAAGGCUGUUCUUAACUUUGUCGAAACUAGUUUAUCUGCUAUUAGCAACUUGUAUCAUUGUUUUGAUGCAAACUAUUUUUUUGUAG